AUGGCUGAAUGUGAGCACAUACGCGUUGGUCGAGAAUUUUUAGAAAGUGUUUCAUGGCCUUCGGCAUUUCGUCAAGAAGCUCAUGAUCGAUGUUAUUGUGAACGAUGUUAUCCGCCGCAUUUGAGAGAUACAAUGGAUGUAGCUAAUUACACAUAUGUCAUACCACGCGGAUGGACUCGGUUUGCUAUAUCGGUUGAUGAAGGCUUUUUUAACCAUCACAAUGUAUGGGAUAAAUGGCUUAAUUGUUAUCAUGGAACAUCUAUUGACAGUGCCAAAUCUUGUCUUGAACAUCGACAAUUACUUUUACCUAAUGAUACUACCAUGCAUGGCAAGAAACUGGAAAUACGAGAAGGUCAUAUUAAAGGAGAACAUUAUGUAUUUACAACACCAUCGAUUACUUAUGCUGCACUUGAUUACUAUGCUCAUACAUAUCACUUUCAAUCACCUUAUAAUUCGCAAAUCUAUACUAUAAAAGUGGUAUUGCAAUGUAAACAAAAGCCUGAUUCUAUUAUUGUUCAGCCUGAAACUGUUGACGCACGUCGACAAGGAAUAAAAAUAUGUCGUUACAUCCCAAAUGACAAACUAGAAUGGAAAACACAGCAUCGUUCAACUGUUACGAUUUAUGGACUACUACUCGAGGUAAAGCAAUAUCAUGUACACAAUCAUUCAAAUUCAUUUCAAUAUCAACAAAUACGCAACACUCAGAAUGUGUCCUAUGAGCCAGUAACAAUUUCACAAACGCCAUCACCACCACCACCACCACCAUUUAAAACAAAAGUUAGUACUUUAUCCAACUCAGAAAACAUAUCUUCACCUACUCCAGAGAAGACUCAUCGAGAACCAAUGUCAAAAAAGCGAAUAGCAUUAUUAAUUCUACUAGUCAUAGCAACUAUUCUACCAAUAUCUGCUCUAAUCUUUGGCCAGAUAUACAAAAAUGAUUGUCCAAUUCAACCUUGGAUUCCACGGUGGAUGACUAUUUUUGGAGCCGUAGGUCUGGCUACCUUUGGUUUGCUUUUUAUUAUAUUACUUAUAACGUUUAAAAGUUGCUCUGAUGACAUUAACAUUGGAGGUUGUAUCAGUGGUUGUGUCUCAUGUUUACUAGUAUUCUUCUUUCUCGGAUGGUUAAUAACGGGAAGUGUAUGGGUAUUUCCUGCUAAAUCGAAAGUUCAAUACAAUCAAUACAAUGAUACAAACUACUGUCAAGAAAAUCUAUAUAAAUUCACAUUUGGGUUAUUGCUCGCACAAUAUUCACUGAUUGGUCUUGUCAUAUGCUGUGGUGGUAUUCUAGCCUUAUUGGGUUUAUGCCUUGGCUAA